AUGGAACCGAAUCUCAUUGCGAUGCAUCCAAAUGUAGCGGGUUACAAUGGCUCGCACAAUGUUCAACACCACAACGAGAGUUUUGGCCUCUUGGGUAGGCUGGAGUCUAAAGAAAAGUCGGGUCCAAGGGCUUCCGAGAUUCCUAAUCGCUGUAAUGGCAACGCAGGAGGCUUGGGAGAUUUAAGCACGUUCCGAAUUUUAGCAACUGUGAGGUCUUUGUGGGGUGCUCUCCAAUAA